AUGAAUGGAACAUCUAUUCCUAAUAACGUUGAUUAUACGGUUAUGCUAUUAUCUGCGCAUAUAGGUAGCUUGAAUAGCUUAAAAGAAGAAGGCAAUCUUUAUAAUACAAAGGAAUCUGACUCACAGAAUCAAUUACCUUCAUGGUCCGGUUCAACAGAGCAACAUUACACAGAACCUGCCUUAAAAAAUCAAUUUUUGCAAGAUUUAGAAUAUGAAGAUAACGAAGCUUUGAACUCUGCAAAGGACAAGGAUACACUGGGUCAAGCAGAGAAUUCGAAGGGUAGUAGUAGUCACAGCAAUACUUCUCGAGUUAAUCGAGACAGAAUAUACAAUAACUUAGAUAGCGAAAUAUCAGUUUGGUCUGACUUUCUUCGUAUACACUGGCACCCCAAGUCAUUAUGUAUUGUGCCACAAUUCAUGCAUAAUGCUACAUUUGCUCCGUUCGAUACCUUCACUUACGGUUUGAAUGUUUAUGAUAAGAUGGCUGAAGAAUAUGAAGAUAAGCUACAUUUUUUUACUGAGGAGUGCGAUCAUCUCCAAGGAUUUCAUAUACUUACAGAUAUUUAUGAUGGAUUUGGUGGACUAGGAUACAAAAUUAUAGAAGACCUUCGAAGCGAAUUCCGGUCGAAAGCAAUAAUAAAUAUUAACCCAUUCCCUGUAGUAAACCAUGCAAUGGACGCAUCAACUGAUCUUACUAUUAUAAACACUGUGUUGUCACUGUGCAACUACCACGAAUAUUGUAAUGCAACCCUACCAUUGUCACUAAAUACAUCAGCAGCAGUCGGUUGUAUUGAACCAGUAAAAUUUAAUAGCAUAAAAUAUGAUAAGAUUUGUAGUUCUCUGUCUAGCAAUUUUACUGCCGAUCAUCUUUACGAUGCUCUAACGGAAGCUGAGCGCAAGAUAUUAUCGUUAUCUACCGGCUUUCCACUGCCGAUUGACAAUGGUGCUAGCUCGGGUACUUUUUUUGAAAGUCUUAAUGGAGAUUUGGAUUCUAUUUUAUCGUGCAUAUCUCCUGAACAUAAAGAAAGAAAUGUAUCCUUUUCUCGUUAUGUUACCUUACGUGGCAUUACUACUUCUCCUUUUGAAGGGAAUAGGAGUGUACCAUCUCGAGAGAUGUCCGAAAGUUUGCAACAUAAUAAUACUCCAAAAACGAUGUUACAGAAAUUGUUAUUUAAAUCAUAUCCUAAUUCGUUGAGCUUGUGCUCGAUUGUUAAUGAUGCGUGCAACGUCAGUGCACCUUUUCCGUCAAUAUUUUCAAAGAAUAGCACAAAAGAAUUCUAUAAAAAGGCUAGUAACGAAAAAGAGCUACAAAACUUAGAUGCUUGCAAUAUGGCGGCUAUAGCAAGUUUGGAAUCGACUUGUGCUAGUCAACAUUACCUAAAAUCUCUACUCAAUCAAGCCGAAAAAGUCGCUUUUCGUCGUUAUCAUCAGUUUAAAGAAACUGGUAUGGAAGAAGACACGUACUCAGAAGCUUUAGAUAAUCUAGCUAAUCUUGCAGAAGCUUAUAGCGUUGAUAGAAGUAUAUAA